UUCCUUUUCUUUCGCACGGCCUGUUCUCUCUGAAGUCUGGACGAGUCGAUUCUUCUCUGUUGCUCAGUUUGAUCGACAUGUCGGCGUCAAUCCGUUUGCUAAGAUGCUUGAAGGCGAGUAGAGCUUUUUCGGCUGUGACAACGGAAGCGGCUGCUCAGUUUCCGGCGAGUCUGAUGAGGGGUUCGCUGCCGGCGCAGAGCGAUAUGAAGGAGCGGGGCGUGCAUUGGGUGUUUCUUGGCUGCCCCGGCGUGGGGAAAGGCACGUAUGCCAGCCGUCUCUCACAGCUUCUCGGCGUUCCCCAUAUUGCCACCGGUGAUCUCGUAAGAGAGGAGCUUGCUUCUUCCGGUCACUUUGCUCAGGAGCUUGCUGAUAUUGUAAACAAAGGAAAGUUGGUCUCUGAUGAAACUAUAAUAAAUCUCUUAUCUAAGCGUCUUGAAAGUGGUGCAGCUAAGGGUGAAUCAGGGUUCAUUCUUGAUGGUUUCCCACGAACUAUUAGGCAAGCGGAAAUACUUGAUGGAGUCACCAACAUUGACCUGGUGAUCAACCUAAAGCUCAGAGAAGAUGUGCUACUUGAAAAGUGUCUUGGAAGAAGGAUCUGCAGCCAGUGUGGAGGGAACUUCAAUGUUGCUUCCAUUGAUAUCAAAGAAGAAAAUGGAAAGCCUGGUAUAUACAUGGAGCCACUUCUACCUCCGUCAAAUUGUGCGUCAAAGCUCAUUUCUCGAGCUGACGAUACUGAAGAAGUCGUGAAAGAACGUCUUCGGGUAUAUCAGGCCAUGAGCCAACCAGUGGAGGAAUUCUACCGCAGUCAAGGAAAACUACUUGAGUUCCAUUUGCCAGGAGGAAUCCCAGAGUCUUGGCCUAAACUACUUAAAGCACUCAACCUUGACGAUUCCCAUGAAAAGCGGUCUGCAGCAGCUUGAUAAUCAUUCAAGAAGAUACUCCUCCAUGUGUUGCACAGGAGUUCGUGGAAGUGGCAUGGAGAAAGGCAGGCGAAGCCAAAGCUGUAAAUAUGGGCCCUCGUAAUAAGAUGGAACCCUCUUGUGUACAAAAGUUGUUAAAGGAAAGUUUUAUUUAUGACUUAUUGGGGAAA